CACACUCAAAGGACAAAGGGCUCUUAGGCUCUUAUUAAAAAGGCGGAGGAGUUUGUGAUAACUCGCACGGCCUAUGCGUACGUAGCACCAGGAGCUAGCAAACACUACUCUUUUUUUCUUUUUUUGCGGGGAAGCUAGCAAACAGUACUACUAACCUUCUGCUUAUAUAUCACCAACAAAUACUAUGUCGGUCACGCCUACCAACGACGUCGUGAUGACUGGCCCUGUAGCUGGCGCCGGCGACGUGCAGGCCGCUGAGACGUUCCGCGUGUUCGUCGGGUACGACUCGCGCGAGGACAUCGCGUACCGCGUGUGCCGGCGCUCCCUGCUGCAGCGCUCCUCCGUGCCGGUGGCCGUGAUCCCGAUCGUGCAGCAGGAGCUCCGGUCUGCGGGGCUGUACUGGCGGGAGCGCGGGCCCACGGAGAGCACCGAGUUCUCCUUCACCCGCUUCCUGACGCCCCACCUGGCCGGCUACCGCGGCUGGGCGCUCUUCGUCGACUGCGACUUCCUCUUCGUCGCCGACGUCGCGGAGCUGGCGCGCAUGGCCGACCCGCGCUACGCGGUGCUGUGCGUGCACCACGACUACGCGCCCAAGGAGGCCACCAAGAUGGACGGCGCCGUGCAGACGGUGUACCCGCGCAAGAACUGGUCGUCCAUGGUGCUCUUCAACUGCGCCCACCCAAAGAACCGCGCCGCGCUGACGCCCGAGGCCGUGAGCACGCAGAGCGGCGCGUACCUGCACCGCUUCAUGUGGCUGGACGACGCCGACAUCGGCGAGGUGCCCUUCGUGUGGAACUUCCUCGUGGGGCACAACCGCGUCGACCCCGCCGACACGGCCGGGACGGCGCCGCGCGCCAUCCACUACACUUCCGGCGGGCCGUGGUUCGAGCAGUACAAGAACUGCGAGUUCGCGGAGCUCUGGGUCCAGGAACGUGACGCGUAUGAGGCCGAGGCGGAGGAGGACGAGGAGAAGGAAGAGCACGAGCCCAAGGCCAUCCUGCAUGCCCCUGCUGCGCCGUCGGCAGUUCCCGUGGACGCCUGAGCCUCACGUGCGGUGCCUACUGUUUUCUAAUAAUAUGAUUGGAAUAAACUCAUGACGGCCACACCUCAAGAAUGAUAAGUUCUAUAUAUUGUUGAUCAUAUGGUUAAAUAUUACUUUGAGGCUAAA